UGUAGUUGAGCUGUUGUGUGUUUGUGUCUCUGUGUUCAUGCAGUAAAAUGGCAGAAGCCAGAAUAUCUCAGGACGAGUUCAUGUGUUCAGUGUGUCUGGAUCUCCUGAAGGAUCCAGUGACCACUUCUUGUGGACACAGUUACUGUAAGAUCUGUAUUACAGGCUGCUGGGAUCAGGAGGAUCAGAUGAGAGCCUACAGCUGCCCUCAGUGCAGACAGACCUUCAGUCCAAGACCUGCUUUAGCUAAAAACACCAUUCUGGCUGAAAUGGUGGAGAAACUGAAGAAGAUUAAUCUUCCUGCUGACUGUUACGCUGGAGCUGGAGAUGUGCAGUGUGACGUCUGUACUGGAAGAAAACACAAAGCCGUCAAGUCCUGUCUGGUGUGUCUGAACUCUUACUGUCAGAAUCACCUUGAACAACAUGAGAGUUGGUUUAAAGGAAAGAGACACAAUCUGACUGAAGCCACUGGACGACUGCAGGAGAUGAUCUGCCCGAAACACAACAAGAUCCUUGAGGUUUUCUGCCGCACUGAUCAGAAGUGUAUAUGUCUGCUGUGUACGAUGUAUGAACAUAAAAACCACGACACUGUAUCAGCUGCAGCACAGAGGACUGAGAAACAGAAGGAGCUGAAGAAGACGCAGAGGUGGUUCCAGCAGAGGAUCCAGCAGAGAGAGAAAGAUCUUCAGCAGCUGAGAGAGGCUGUGGAGUCUCAUAAGCGCUCUGCACAGACAGCAGUGAAGGACAGUGAGAGGAUCUUCACUGAGCUCAUCUGCUCCAUUGAGAGAAGCCGCUCUGAGGCCACACAGUGGAUCAGAGAUCAGGAAAAGACAGCAGUGAGUCGAGAUGAAGGACGACUGAAGCGACUGGAGCAGGAGAUCAAUGAUCUAAGGAGGAGAGACGCUGAGCUGGAGCAGCUUUCACACACACAGGAUCACAUCCAUUUCCUGCAGAGUUUCCAGUCUCUCUCAGCUCCUCCUGAAUCUACAGACGUAAAUGACGAUCCCUACAGUUCUCUCUCCUCUUUUGAUGUUAGAGAAUCUGUCCAUCAGCUGAGAGACAAACUGGAGGAUUUCUGCAAAGAGGAGUUCAAGAAGAUCUCUGACAGAGUCACUUUCACCAUCAGAACCAGGAACAACUUCCUACAAUAUUCCCAUCAGCUCAAUCUGGAUCUGAACACAAUGAAUGAACGCCUCCAUCUGUCUGAGAGGAACAGAGUGAUUACUCGCACCGGCAUUCUCGAAGACCAGUGGUAUCCUGAUCAUCCAGACAGAUUUGAUCAUCCUCAGGUGUUGUGUAGAAAAAGAGUGUGUGGACGCUGUUACUGGGAGAUUGAGUGGAGUGGUGAUGUGUCUAUAUCAGUGUCAUAUAAGAGCAUCAGCAGGAAGGGACGGGGUGGUGAGUCUUUGUUUGGAUGUAAUGUUCAGUCCUGGAGUUUGCAAUGCUCUUCCUCCAGUUACUCAAUCUAUCACAAUAGCAAAGAGACUAAACUCCCUGUAGAGCCCAUCAGCAGUAGAAUAGGAGUGUAUGUGGAUCACAGUGCAGGAACUCUGUCCUUCUACAGCAUCUCUGGAGACACAAUGAGCCUCAUCCACAGAGUCCAGACCACAUUCACUCAACCGCUCUAUCCUGGGUUUACUGUUUAUAGAAGAUCAUCAGUGAAACUGUGUUGAUGAAUCAGAAUAGACUGUAGAGAGAUUCUACCCAUAAUGCUUUGAGCUCAUGAUGAAUCAGUAACAGUGAGAUGUUAUAGAGUCUCUUAUUUUCUCUUCAUUACAUUAAUACUACAGCUGAACUUCUGUCAGUGAAAUAACAGGUCAGAAUAAAUGUGUGUAAUGAAUCCUCAUAUAGACAGUGAGAUCAGUGUGUGUGUGUGUGUGUGUGUGAGUCAUGAUGAGUGACGGUGUGUAUCUGUGCUUUUCUCAAGCUCUGUUUGUGUUGAUGGAACUCACAGUCAUUCAGUUCUUAUUGUAGUGUCACUUAAAUCAUUUUUAUUAUUACUAUUACAAUUAUAUUCAGUUGAAAUGAUCACACACAGGAUUCAUUAAAAUGUAUCAUUCAAUAAAAAAUUAGAGUUUUUGUAAAAUUGAUAAAUGUCAAUGUAUUAAUAAAUGUAAAAUAUAUCAAUCCAGAUCAUGUGAUCAUACUGUAAACUCCUGAUCAGUGAAAGUAUGAGCACAAUUAUUAUAAUCUAAUCCAGUUUACUUUAAAUAAACCUCCUCCUGAACAGGAUUCACAGAUCUGAUGCUCUGAACAACUCUGAGAAAAGAUCAAACAAGGAUUGAAUCAAAUCAUCAUCAGUUCAAUCCAGAUAACUCAGAAAUAUAUUAGGUAUGUGUUAAGAAGAAAGUGUUUUGUUCCCUUUCUUGUUGUUGUCUUUUUUCUUAAUCUGUUGUAGUCACGUACACCUUUAAGGAGUAUCUUGUCAUUUCCUAUAAGAGCCACACUGUUCUGUUCAUGCCUAUAAUUAUAUUAUAAUUCAUACUCCUUAAUGCUUCUGUAAAAUAGAUGAGUCAUACAUGCAUUUAGCUUUCCUUUGUUUUAAGUUGGCCUAGAUUCUGCUAUAUAUAAGUUACAGUGAGCUCUGACUUUGACUUUGAGUGAACAGCACUUCUCGUGUUCGUGUCAUUCUUUGUCCCCGGUAACAGUGUUCUGCUCUGCAUUAUAUUGAUUAAGUAUCGGAGGUCCAUAAUUUUAUCUAACAGUAUGAAAGAAGGAAAACUGUAAGCUGAACUCUGAAAUCAGUCCAGAUGAAUCACAUCAUUACUGUAAAUGUCAGAAUUGUUGGAGUUUCUUUGUUCAGUGGUUCAUGCUGCUUGUCCUGAUCUAGAAAGUAUCCUGACAUGAUAAAACCAUGUUUUUCUACAUGAACUGUAGUAAUACCAUGCUCUGAAUUCAUCAUGUAGUGUUUUGUGAAUAAUGUCAGUGUUUUCUUACUAUAUCUGUCAUGUGAUCGUCCCGCUGCUGCUCUCAGUGCUGUAAUGAACAAAUAAUCCAAUAUAUUAAUAUACUUCACUUUCAUCAGAGCAAAGAGAGUCAAUGAUGAAGUGUAAUGUUUCAGUAGAGGAUGUCAAACACUGUGAUCUAUAUGAUGACCUUUGACCUUCCUGAAAGAUGAGCCAGUCUUACUUGAUUAUGACCUCUGUCAGUAUUUCUACAUGUUAAAGAAUCCUACUGUUCCUGAAAAACUUCUGAUCUGUUGUAUUCGUCCUAUUGUGUGUAAUUUGCUUCUUUGUUCUUAUUGUUAACAACAAAAAUUAAAUAGCCAAAAUAUCUUUAUUGUGAGAUAUUGUUACUGUUAUCGUUAUUUGAAUUAAAAUGUAUUAUAUCUUGAAAUAA